CCGGCGUUAGGGCCGCCCCGCCGAGAUGACUUCCCUGGGCCUGGUGAUGGAGAGCGGCCAGGUGCUCCCGGCCUUUCUGCUCUGCGGCACACUGCUGGUCAUCAAGAUGUACGUGGUGGGUGUCAUCACAGGCCACACGAGGCUUCGGAAGAAGGCUUUUGCCAAUCCCGAGGACGCCCUGAAACGUGGAGGCCUCCAGUACUUCAGGAGUGACCCGGAUGUGGAGCGUUGCCUCAGAGCCCACCGCAAUGACAUGGAGACCAUCUACCCCUUCCUCUUCCUGGGUUUCAUCUACUCAUUCCUGGGACCCAACCCUUUGAUUGCCUGGAUACAUUUCCUCGUUGUCCUCACGGCCCGUGUGGUACACACGGUGGCCUACCUUGGCAAGCUGAACCCACGAGUCCGCUCCGGGGCCUACGUCCUGGCCCAGUUCUCCUGUGUCUCUAUGGCCCUGCAGAUCCUCUGGGAAGUGGCGCACCAUCUGUGACCAGCAGCUAAAGCCUCCUCAGCUACCACACUGUGGACAGUCACGGGGCUGGACCUGGGGAUGUGGUGUCCCUUCUAGACUAGGGAUGGGCUCAGGUCCUGGGUUCCUAGCCACGUAGGUAUAUGGAUCCCGGGCCCCAAUGUGCACAUGCGUUUCUUAGCCUCUUGGGAUCCUGGGUGAAGUGCCCGAUUAGAACCACUUACAGAUGAGUUCAAGACUGACUGAACAUCCUUCACCUCGAGAAAUGCCUUAGGCAGCACACUGCACUCCCUCUUGCCCUUAAAACGGAAAGGACGGAGGAAUCUCCGACACAGCCAUCACUCCACACAGGGCUAAAAAUGAAGGCCUCACAGACCUGCCCACUAUUCUGACCCAGCCUGAGGAGAGAUACCUGGCUGGUGUGUGCCCCAGGAAGUCCUCGCAAGAGGCCCCGAGGUGGCCAUCUCCCUAUGGAGGUGGGGUACUUGCUGUGUUUCAGAGAUGGGUAGGUAAGAGCUUUGCUGUCCCCCACUGGGUCACACCUCCCUGCCCUCUGAGUGCGUGCUUGGGUGGCACAGCUCAGGAUGGAGAGUGUUUCCAGCUCAGCCUGCUUGUUCAUGGCCUCCGCUCCUCCAAGGACUGCAAGUCGAGGCUGGGCCUUGACCAACUGCUGAAAAGGAACUUUGGGCUUCGUCAGCAUCUGUGAGGCUUGAAGAUGGAUGCCAAAUGACUAGCCCAGUGGAAAGCCUCAUUUGCGUGUGUGGUGUCCCUCCAGAGUCCUCCUGAGACCUGUUCAGGUUUAGUCAUUAAACAGCAAUGUGUGACCUGUGAA